UUUGUUCCACGUCACUGCGGACCCUCACGUGCCGUGCGUCUAUAUACUCGGAAAUCUGAACACGAGCGACUCCUUCUCUCCCCGGCACACACUCUCGGGUAGUCACUCAUACACAACACAUAGAGCAAAGAGCAAGGGUGAGGGGGGAGGAGGCCUCGUUGGAGUCCAGCAUGGAGAAGGCAAGCCUCGAGGAAGCGCUCCUCCCGAGGAGCCCGGUGUGCAAGGAGCUCGGGGAGGACGAGAGCCUGGCCGUGGGCGACGAGGUGAAGCGGCAGCUGUGGCUGGCCGGGCCGCUCAUCGCCGGCUGCCUGAUGCAGAACCUCAUCCAGAUGAUCUCCGUCAUGUUCGUCGGCCACCUCGGCGAGCUGCCCCUCGCCGGCGCCUCCAUGGCCAGCUCCUUCGCCGCCGUCACCGGAUUCAGCCUGCUGCUUGGCAUGGCAACUGCAUUGGACACUCUAUGCGGACAAGCAUUUGGCGCCAGGCAGUACCACCUCCUUGGCAUCUACAAGCAACGCGCAAUGGUGGUGCUCACCGCCGCAAGCGUCCCGCUUGCCGUGGUGUGGUUCUACACCGGCGAGAUCCUGCUCCUGUUCGGGCAGGACCCCGACAUCGCCGCGGAGGCGGGCACGUACGCGCGGUGGAUGAUCCCGGCGCUCUUCGCCUUCGGCCUGCUGCAGUGCCACGUCCGGUUCCUGCAGACGCAGAACAUCGUGCUCCCGGUGAUGCUGAGCGCCGCCGCGACCGCGCUGUGCCACCUCGUCGUCUGCUGGCUGCUUGUGUACGUCCUCGGCCUCGGCAGCAAGGGCGCCGCGAUCGGCAACGCCGUCUCCUACUGGAUCAACGUGGUCAUCCUAGCCGUGUACGUGAGGGUGUCGAGCUCCUGCAAGAAGACAUGGACGGGGUUCUCCAUGGAAGCGUUCCAUGACCAGCUCAGCUUCUUCAGGCUCGCCGUGCCGUCCGCUCUCAUGGUCUGCUUGGAAUGGUGGUCGUUCGAGACCCUGGUGCUGCUUUCGGGGCUUCUUCCGAACCCCAAGCUGGAGACGUCCGUCCUGUCCAUCACCCUCAACACCGCCAACUGCUUGUUCAUGAUCCCCUACGGCCUCGGCGCCACCAUAAGCACCCGGGUUUCGAACGAGCUGGGCGCCGGCCGACCAGGGGCUGCCCGCCUCGCCGUGCGCGUCGUCAUGUUCUUCGCCAUUUUGGAAGGGUUGAUCAUGGGCGUCGUCCUGGUCUCUGUGCGCUGCGUCUGGGGCCACGCUUACAGCGACGAGGAGGAGGUCGUCACGUACGUGGCCAAAAUGGUGCUGGUCAUUGCGGUCUCCAACUUCCUCGACGGCAUUCAGAGCGUUCUCUCAGGUGUGGCUAGAGGCUGUGGGUGGCAGAAGAUCUGCGCCUGCAUCAACCUCGGCGCGUUCUACGCCGUGGGCAUACCGGCGGCGUACCUGCUCGCCUUCGUGCUGCACGUCGGCGGGAUGGGACUUUGGAUCGGAAUCAUCUUCGGUAUUCUGGUGCAGGUCUUGCUGUUCGUGGCCAUCACACUCUGCACCGACUGGCAGAAGGAGGCUACGAAGGCGAAGAACAGAGUCUUCACUUCUUCUCUUCCGACGGAUCUACUAGAGAAAUGAAGAUAUGGGGUAGUGCUGCUGAAGUAGCCAACAUAUGCUUAGCAUGGAGGAGAGUGUGCGGGCAGGGCCUGCAAGAGCAGAUACGUAAGAAGACAGAGCACAUGGUCUGGUCUUGUGAUUUUGGUCCAAGUUCCCAAUUCCCAUGGCAUAAAAAAAUGUUUGCUAUGAGAUGUGUCCAUUUCCAAAAAAUACGAUGAGAUGUAUGAGCAGAAUAGGGAUGCCAUGAAAUCCCGAGAAAAUCAGCAUACAAGUA